AUGUGUGCUGACCUUGACUGGUGGAAGUCGGAUGUGGCUCCUCAGGAUGGAGAAGCUCUUCACUUCGACAUAGCUCGAGCAGUAACUAAGGCAGCUGCAUACGGAUGUGUUGUCCAGGCCCGUGUUUCUCGAGGUCUGUGUAUUGACCGGCAUCUGAGCAGAUGGUCUCAAACGGCUUCUAGACAUCCCGCCGUGCCUGAUCCUCGUGGAGGCUUCCUGGUACCUAGGAUAGACUGUGAUGCUGUUUUCGGAUUCUCGAUUUACGUGGAUGAGGAUCUCCCGGCGAGAUAUGCCUACUUCCAGCUGGCCGUGCUUCAUCAUAAUGCAGAGGGAAUCCGGUGA